CGGAUCUUCACAUCCGCCUGGAUCCCGCUCGGUACCCGUCAGCUCCAGGAAGUGACGGCGUCAGGUCGAUGAGGAGGAGGAAACAUGGAGUCAAGUAACCACCGAGUCAGGACCAAAUGGAUCGGAGUCUGAUGAAGACAUGAGCGAACAUCGAUGGAGUCGUCUCUGAACGCCGUGGAGCUCCGGGAGCUGCGAGGAGGCCGGAGAGGCCCGUCUCCAACGCCGGCCUCCGGACCCUGGGGGUCUGCGACCCGGGGCUUUGAGAACGCCUCCUACCAGCAGGACGAGGAGCCGAAGAACGCACAGGAAGAGCAGCAAAGACCGGCCGUGUCUCCAAACUGUCAGCCCUCGACGUCAAGCGACCGUAAAUUGCAGGUCUCGCCUCAGUCUUACGAUGAUGAGGAGGGAGGUGCAGCAGCAGGAGGAGGAGGUGCAGCAGGAGGUCAGGACUUCACAGCGUUCAGCCCGGCUGACGACCAGACCGCCGACUACGGCUUCAUCCUGGCGCUUGUGUUUCUGGUGAGUGGGAUUGUCCUGGUGGUCAUCGCCUACACCAUCCCCAGGGAGGCCAAAGUGGACCCGGACUCCGUGUCUGCACGGCAGAUGGAGAAGCUGGAGAUCUACUACGCCCAGCUGGGCUCCCACCUGGACAAGUGCAUCAUUGCGGGCCUGGGCCUGCUCACCCUGGGGGGGAUGUUCCUGUCCGUGCUGCUCAUGGUGUCCAUCUGCCGAGGCGAGAUGUACCGACGCCGGGCGGCGUUCGUUCGACCCAAGAGGACUUACGGCUCCGUCAACUUGAGGUUGAAGCAGCUGGCGACUGGAGAGGUGGGAGGAGGCGACGGCCAGGACGGAGGCGAGGAGUUUUUGGUGGAACCUGCAGAGACACAGCCAGAGAACAGCCAGGACUCCAAAUCAGAACCAGGACCGAGCAGACAGCUUCCUGCUGCUGCUGCGUCGACUUCAGCUGCUGCAUGUGGAGUCUAACUUCAACCGAGUGAGCGCCCAGUUGCAUUAUGGGUACGCAGGUCCUCUCUCUGUGCCCACAGGAGCAGCACAUUGUAAGCACACAGCGUUCAGCUGGACGGACCCAGCUUCAUCCCGGUUGGGAUGAACAGAACCGAACACUAAAGGAUAUUUAUUGUAACCGAUGGUGAAGGAUGUAUGACUUUCAACAGAGGGCUUGAACUGGUAGAAGAUAAAGGUAAGGAGCGGAGUGAGGACAAGAGCACAGUCAGAGGUAAUUAAGUGCAAAAUUAGAAUCUCAUCAAGUAUUUUAAUCAUAAACCGUCACAAAAAUAAAAGCACAUCGUUAAAAAGAAGCACCACGAAACGCGAGACCAACUCUUUAUUUCGAAAGUUCGGGAACUUUUCAAACUGAUCUCAAAACUCCUCAAGCGAAAGUGGAAAAUACUCGAAUCUAAUUCUGAAAAGUUGUGUGAAACGCAGAGAAAAGCAGAAUUCGUUUUACACGGCGUCCCAACAUUUUCAACAUUAAUGCGACGUGAUUAAUGAAUCUAAUUUAGUGCGAUGGAAGCAGGAGAGAACAGCAUCAACAGUUUGAAAGCAACAUUUAUUCUCACUGCCAGCAACAAAGGAGCAACUGUGCAGAAAAUAAAAAACCUCAAGCAUAAAGGGUAAAAAAUUAAAUAUAACAUCCAUUAAAAUAUUGCAGAAGU